CUGCUUGGUAAGUUUGAGAUGCAAGACAUGUUUAAGGAAGGGGACAUCAUGAUAGGUGGCAUUUUUCCUAUUUUUAAUAAGCAGGAGAAUAUUCCUGCAUCAUUUGAUGACCAACCUCCCAAAGUUAAAUGUAGAGGAUUUGACCUGCGAGCAUUUCGCUGGACCAGGACCAUGAUGUUUGCAAUAGAGGAGAUAAACAGGGACGCUCGUUUGCUCCCUAAAAUCACUCUAGGAUAUAAAAUUUCAGACUCUUGCGCCUCUCCUACUGUCGUCUUGAGAGCUGCACUUACUCUGCUGAGUAUGUCAGAAGAAAAUAGCUCUUCAUCUCAAUGUCAUCCGCCUCCCGUAUCGGCUUUUGUCGCGGAAUCGGGAUCAUCCCAGUCUAUAGCUGUUGCUGGGCUGCUUGGACCUUUUCGAGUUCCUGUGGUGAGCUACUUUUCAACGUGCGCUUGUUUAAGUGACAAAAAUAAACAUUCGACAUUUUUCCGCACAAUACCAAGUGAUUACCACCAAGCGAAGGCUUUGGCUUUCCUUGUCAGACAAUUCGGAUGGACGUGGAUCGGAGUUUUACAAUCUGACAAUGAUUAUGGAAGAAAUGGCAUAUCGGCUUUUACAAAGGAGGUGGAGGCACACGGGGUCUGCAUCGCAUUUGUGGGCACGAUUUUGCGCACAUAUCCCCAAAAUAAAAUCCUAGAAGUUGCGAAACUGAUAAAACAGUCGACAGUGAGGGUGAUUCUGGCGUUUGUUCCUGAGGGUGAUCUUUACCCGUUAAUGAGUGAAAUAGUGAAGCAGAACAUCACAGGAAUACAGUGGAUCGCGAGUGAAGCCUGGAUAACGGCCGACAGACCAUCAACUCCAGAGAUGUUCAGAUCAUUCGGUGGGACGAUAGGAUUUGUGGUCAGAAAGAUGGCCAUGCCCAAACUGGAGCCGGUUCUCAAAGAUAUCAGCCCCUAUCAUGAAGGAGAAUCCAGUUUUGUCAGUGAUUUUUGGGAAACGUUGGUGGGCUGUAAACCCCCGUCUGCACUAUCUGGUUUAAUUAACACCACGAAGGUGUGUUCAGGAGAGGAAAAAGUCAAUUACACUAAUAAAUUCUUUGACGUUACACAACUAAGGGUGGCUUAUAAUGUCUAUCAAGCAAUAUAUGCGAUUGCACACGCCAUACACCAAGUGAUGUUUUGUAAAAGUCCUGAUAGCAAUGUCUUGACCCCGUGUCGUACUGCUUCACAGUUAAAAACAGUACGUUUUGUAGAUGCUUAUGGAGAGGAAGUGUUUUUUGACAAGAACGGAGACCCGCCAGCCUCAUAUGAGCUUAUAAACUGGCAGCUGAGGGACGGACAAGUGCAGCACAUAUCGGUCGGUCACUUCAGUCCAGCAGCGAAUGGUGGAUAUGAACUCGUGAUCGAUGAAGACAAGAUCGUCUGGUGCACAGGGAACACGGUACUCCCAAAAGCUGUGUGCUCCGAAAUCUGUCCCCAAGGAACCAGGAAAGCUCGAAUCAAAGGACGUCCUCUGUGCUGUUUUGACUGCAUCCCGUGUGCUGAUGGUUCGAUAUCGAAUACAACAGGAGCCGCCGACUGCAUCACCUGUCCUGAAGAGUUCUGGUCCAAUGAGAGGAGAGACGGCUGCGUGAUGAAAAGCACAGAGUUCCUGUCGUUCACUGAGACGAUGGGAGUGGUUCUGAUUUCUGUCUCACUGUUUGGUGCUUGUUUAACUUUCUGUACCAUGCUGGUGUUCAUACGCUUCAGAAACACACCCAUAGUGAGAGCCAAUAACUCAGAGCUCAGUCUGCUUUUACUCCUCUCACUUAUAUUCUGCUUCCUUUGUCCCCUCACGUUUAUCGGUGAACCCUCGGCCUGGUCCUGCAUGCUGCGCCACACGGCGUUUGGUAUCACGUUCGCUUCCUGCAUUUCCUGCAUGCUGGGAAAGACUCUAGUCGUCGUAACGGCGUUCAGAGCGACUUUACCUGGAAACAACGUGGCAGGAAAGUUUGGGCCGGCGCAGCAGAGAACCUUCGUGUGUUCCUGCACGGCCGUUCAGAUCGGGAUCUGUGUUCUCUGGCUGAAUAUUAACCCUCCGUUCCCUGAUAAAGUCUUCACGCAGCACAGCAGAAAAAUCAUUUUAGAAUGUAACACGGGUUCUGACGUGGCCUUUUAUGCGGUUUUAGGAUACAUCGGCCUCCUCGCCCUCAUCUGUUUGGUUCUGGCCUUUUUAGCCCGAAAACUUCCCGAUAAUUUUAACGAAGCCAAACUGAUCACGUUCAGCAUGUUGAUAUUCUGUGCAGUUUGGAUCACUUUUAUUCCAGCGUACGUCAGUUCACCUGGUAAAUACACAGUAGCCGUGGAGAUUUUUGCUAUUUUGUCGUCGGCUUUUGGUUUACUGUUGUGCAUUUUUGCGCCGAAGUGUUACGUCAUUUUAAUCAAACCAGAACAAAACACAAAGAAACACGUCAUGGGGAAAAAUGCUAAAUUUUAG